CUACCCGCGCGUACGUAGCUCCGUCUCUCCAUCUCUCGAUUGUUCGAUCGCUCCAUCUAUAGCGGCACAAGGGUUACCCGCAGCUUCCUCUUUCCAAUCCGCGACACGGAAAGCCCAAGUGCCUCGAGUCGUCAGGCGAGCCUUGAGGCAUCGUUGCUAAACUAGUAAAGCGAUACAUCAUCGUUCGACGGACGCUCCCCACGCUCCCCACGGCCGGCCUGAGUUGGUUGUUGACGCUCAGAAACCGGCUCGACUCAGUUGGACGUGCCCCAUCCAGAGGGUAAUUGAGUAUUAGCCCCUGAUACGCAUCGGACGACUCACAGUUGUCAUCGGACGACUCACAGUUGUCAUCGGAGGACUCACAGUUGUCAUCGGACGACUCACAGUUGUCAUCGGACGACUCACAGUUUUGUCAUCGGACGACUCACAGUUGUCAUCGGACGACUCACAGUUGUCAUCGGACGACUCACAGUUGUCAUCGGACGACUCACUGUUCGCGUCCCCAUUCUCUGAAACUAGCUAAACUCAGUUGGGCGCGCCAUCCUCAGACCCUUCUCAAACCCCCCCUCGAACCCCCCUCGCCCCCCUUUGGAACCCCCUUGGAUCCCCCUCCCCCCGUGGACUUUCCUCCCGCCGUACCCUCCCCAUGGCGCUGUCAUCGUUGGUUCCUCCCCAUGCCAUACAUCUUCAUUCCAAGCCACUCCGGGGAAUAUUGCCCGCUCCCCUCUCUCGUUUCCCCACCCCCAGCCCGCAUCCCUCUCUUCCGCUCCGCCCUCCGCGCGUCCUUCCGCGAGCCCCCAAUCAGCGCGCUGCGCCAUUCCCGCACGCCGAAGCACGCCCUUCUCGUUUCCCGGGCAGACGCCGACAGUCGGAGUUAAGUUCAGAGCCAAGUCCCGCCCGAGACGGGGAACGAACAGAGCCCUAUCCCAACCGUCCUGCCGUUGCGCCUAGCUCACCAGCCCGCUCACCAGCCCCCCCUGCCCCCCCUGCCCCUCCUGUCCCCUUGCCCAAAUGGUCCCCCAAUCCCCGCCUCCCCUUCCCCGAGACCCACCUCUCCCGCCCCACGCCCCUUCCCCGCACUCCCAGCGAGUUCCCUGGCCGCAUUUCGCGUCGAGAUUCGCGCCUGCCGCCCACCAUGCAGCGCCUCCGACUCGGACGGCCACUGGAGCGCCACGUGUCGGGCCACCAUUCGCCGACGAGCGAGCAUCUCGAUGUUGCCGAGCUGGUUGCUGAGCUGGCAGGGAUGGAGAGCCUUGAUUGGUCGUCUCCUUUCGCAGAGAUUCCGGAUAAUAUCUAUCAGAUCACUGGUAAUAUGGCUAAUACUAGUUCUUAUACCAGCGGCAGCGGCAGCAGCAGCAGCAGCAGAAGCAGAAGCAGCAGCGGUGGCAACGGCAUCAACAUUGUAUCGGGUGAUAGUGUUGAAGUGUCGGGGUUUGAGAUCGGUAGGUUCAUGGGAAGUAUGCGAGGUUGGCCUGUGGGCACGUGGCAGCACCUGCUGCUGCUGCUCUUCCCUCCUGACGCCAGCCUGCCACCCUCACACGCCAGACAAGCUAGACAGCAGCAGCAGCAGCAUCACCACCGUCACUCCCUCCCGGAUCUGUUCUGGGACCCGCCUCCCGAGCCUCCCCCGCCGAACCUCCUGCUGGCAACACAAGGCUCGGCAGCGGUGGAUCGGCAGCUGAGGCUCGUGCAGCGGGGGCUGACAGCUUCGGUGGUGGCGGCGGUGGUGGGGGGCCUGGAGGAGAGGGGUGCGGUGAAGGUUGCUUCUAGGGUGCUGCUCUGGUGGUGCUGCUGCUGGCAACGGUCGUGGUGGCAGGAGCAGGAGAGAAAGAGACACCUGCUGCAAAAGCAGCACCAGCAGCAGCAGCAGCAGGGGCAGCAGCGGCAGCAAGAGUUGGGAUCAUCAGAUUACUCCUCCUCCUCCCAUGCCUCCCUAUCGCCCGCCGUCAUUCCCUUCCCUCGCACAUCCCCAUCCACGCCCCCCCUCCUCCUGCUGCUUCUCCUGCUCCUCUCCGCCUGCUGCACUUCCAAGGCUCUCUCCACCGCCUGCCUGCUGCUGCUGCAGCAAGCAGCAGCACACGCAGAGCUAGGAGGAGGAGGUGGAGGCACACGCUCAGGCAGGUUUGCAGCUGAGGCUAGUAGCAGAAAGGGGAGUGGUGCUUGGAAGGGCGCAGCAGCAGCAGUGGGAGAGGUGGCGAGAGUGGUGGCGGAAAGAGGUGGGCUGCCAGAUGCGGUGGCAUGGGUGGUGGGCGCACAUGCAUCGGGGCUAGUCUCUAAAGAAGGCGCGGCUAGGGCGGUGAUAGAGGUGGCGCAUGUGGCGUCCUUGCAGGGGCGGGAGGGCGUUGUGAGAGAGCUGCUGGUGGGGCUGUGCGGUCUAGGCGUUAGGAGCGUGGAGGGGAGCGUGGGGGAAGGCAGUGAGAAGGGGAGGGGAGGAGAUGGGAGUGUGAGAGGUGAAGGUGGGGGUGGGGGGAAUGAGACUGGGAGGCAGAGGGAGAAGAGCAAGGAAGAGACGGAGUUAGUGGAGGAGAUUCGGUCACUUAUCUCACUCCUUCUUUCCUCCUCCUCCACUUCCUCAUCAACCUCCAACCCAUUUUCUCACUCUUCUUCCUCCCCUGUUUAUGGGCCAACCCCCUCGCAUUCUCCCCUCGCUUCCCGCCCCCCACCUCUCUCCCCCACCUUCUCUCUCCACGUAUCCGAUUACAUCCGCCUUAUCCGUGCCUGCGCGCUCCCAGGCCUCUUGCCGAACCUCGAGGCUCUGGCUCGGGGAAUUGCUGAGCUUUCAAUGUCGCAACUGGCAGGACAGAGCAGCAGCGGAUCAGAAUCCACAUCAGCAGCAUCAUCCCCAUCGGUGUCCGGUUCGGUUGUACCCAGGUCUGGUGCACCAACCAGCGUACCAGGCUCGGUACCGGGCCUGUCAGGUUCAGGCUCGUGGCGGGCGGCAGUGAUCCAUGCAUAUCUGCGGGUGGGGGCAGUGGACGAGGCUGCUGCUGCUGCCAGGGAGGCGAUUGAGGCCAUGAGAGGAGGAAGCAGGGGCGGGAGAGGGGAGGAGGAGGAGGCGGGGGGAGAGCAGGGGGACAAUGGGCGGAAGGGGCAGAGGCAGGGGCGGAGGGAGCGGGGAGUGGGGAUGGUGGGUGCGGAUGAAGUGUGGCAAAGGCGGGAGAGGUGGGAGAGGAGUAACAGUGGCGGGAGUAGCAGAGGGAGAAGGGGUGGUGGCUGGAGGGAGGGGGGAGCGCCUGCGUGUUGGGAGCCGGCAUGUGUGCAAGCUGUGCUGGAGGCGUUUCGCGAGGCGCGCAGUCUGCAUGAGUCACAGGCCCUGUUCUCCCUCCUGCACGGCACCUCACCGCCUUACCUCCCCACCCUGCCCAACUUCCACACCCUCCUGCAAACUUACCUUACCACUGCUACCGCCACUGCAGCUGCCACUGCAACAGUACCGGCCACUGCAACUGCUGCUCAUGCCCCCCUUGCUGGCAAAGCUUCUCCUGCUGCUGACGGCGGUUUUGCAACUGCUGCUGCCACUGCUGCUCCCAAUGCUAACAGCAGUAAGAGGAGCCGUAGCAGUGGCAGCGGUAGCAGUGGGAGCGUUGGCAGUGACCGUAGCAGCAGAAGCAGCACCAGAAGCAGCAGCAGCGGCAGCAGCAGUAGCAGCAGCUCGCAUUCCUCAUUCUCCUCUUCCUCCCUCCCGCCCACGCUUCCUUUUCUGCGAGAUGUAUUAAGGGACAUGCACACGACUAGAUGUCGCCCUUUACCCCGCACACGUGAGCUCAUGCACCUCUGCUGCUAUGCUGCUGCUGCUGCUGCUGCUGCUGGCACAGCAACAGGUGGGAGUAGUGCUUGGUUGAGCAACAGUGCUACUGUUGCUGGUAGUGCUGCUGUUACUCGUGCUGUUAGUGCAUCAGACGAUGCUGUAGAAACUGCUGCUAUGGCGGCAGUGGAGGAGUUAGAAAUUGAAUUGGCCAAGUUUGAGCCAAUGAGAUGGUAGUAGUAUAGUUUUUUAGACCUCGUUUUGGCAAUGCAGCGAGGAAUCUUGUACAUGGAGCAGAAAGCAGCAACAUGCAGCACUGCUGAUGCAUGUAUUAUAAUGCUGCACCAUAGAGCUGCAUUUUGGGCGUGGAUAUGUCAAAACAUAUCUUU